CCAUUAGCUUCUCAUCAACGAAGAUCAAGUUAAAAAAAAAGAAAAAAAAAGAAAAAAAAAGAAAAAAAAUCUCCAAAAUGGGUUGUGACACAUGGAGAGUUGCUCUGCUAUCUUUGGUCUGCUUUCAAGUUCUUGUUGUGAGUGUGGCAGGCAGAGAUUUGGUGAAAAAUGACGAAGAGGAGAAGUUCAAAGGUAUCGGGAAGGGAGGUGGUUUUGGUGGCGGAUUUGGGGGUGGAAGUGGCGGUGGAGCAGGGUUCGGAGGUGGAGCUGGUGGUGGAUAUGGAGGUGGUGUUGGUGGAGGUGGUGGAGCCGGUGGUGGUGGUGGUGGCGGGUUUGGAGGUGGCGGUGGUGGAGGUUUUGGUGGUGGUGCUGGUGGUGGCUUUGGAAAGGGUGGUGGAAUUGGUGGAGGCAUUGGCCAUGGAGGCGGAGUAGGAGGUGGUGCUGGUGCUGGUGGCGGCAUUGGCCAUGGAGGUGGUCUAGGAGGCGGUGCUGGUGGAGGCUAUGGAAAGGGCGGCGGCCUUGGAGGUGGCAUUGGAAAGGGUGGUGGCGUUGGAGGUGGUUUUGGAAAGGGCGGUGGCCACGGUAAGGGUGGUGGACUUGGAGGCGGAAUUGGAAAGGGCGGCGGCCUUGGUGGCGGCUAUGGUAAGGGUGGCGGCCUUGGUGGUGGCCAUGGUAAGGGUGGUGGACUUGGAGGAGGAAUUGGAAAGGGUGGCGGCCUUGGUGGCGGUUAUGGAAAGGGCGGCGGCCUAGGUGGUGGCAUUGGAAAGGGUGGUGGUCUUGGUGGUGGCUAUGGUAAGGGUGGUGGCCUUGGUGGUGGCAUUGGAAAGGGUGGUGGUCUUGGUGGCGGCAUUGGAAAAGGUGGUGGUAUUGGUGGUGGCAUUGGAAAAGGUGGUGGCCUUGGAGGCGGAGCUGGUGGGGGUUUUGGAAAAGGGGGUGGAUUUGGUGGUGGAAUUGGAAAAGGAGGCGGAGGCGGAGGCGGCUUUGGCGGUGGUUUUGGAAAAGGUGGUGGCAUAGGAGGAGGAGGAGGUUCAGGGGGAGGAUUUGGAGGUGGAUUCGGUGGAGGGGCAGGCGGAGGUGGUGGAUUCGGUGGUGGUGGCGGCGGCGGUGGUGGCAUAGGAGGACGCCACUAAAGUACUAAGAAGGGCUUCACGUACGUUGUACGUUGGCAGUGGUCAAUGUCACCAUGAGAUGCAUGCUGGAAGAAAGCAAGGAUAAAGUUAGAUUAAAAAAAAUAAUAAUAAUGAAAAAUGUUGUUGAAAAUUAGGUCUUUGAAAUCAGGCAUUUGUAGUAAGGAUUCCUGAAUUUGAAGAAAACAUGCACUAAAUUGAAUUCAAUGUGUUUAUGUGUUUUUUUGUUAAUUUGUUUGGAUCGAUGGGAAACUAGGGAGAGGGAGUUGGGGUGAAGUUAAAUUUGUACUGUAACUCCUGCCUAUGUACUUAUAGCUAGCUACCUCAUGAUCUAAUUAAUGAGUGAUCCAAAAUCUAUUUACUA